AUGCUGCGUGUAUUCAAUGACACUGCUCGUUAUGUUGAUCAAGGAGGAGGCAAGAGAAAGGGAGCCUUUGCUGUAUACCUGGAGCCAUGGCAUGCUGACAUUUUUGACUUUCUCGAGCUACGGAAGAAUCAUGGCAAGGAAGAACACAGGGCUAGAGACUUGUUUUAUGGUCUUUGGAUACCCGAUAUUUUCAUGGAAAGGGUCCAGAGUGAUGGGCAGUGGUCACUCUUUUGUCCUAAUGAAGCUCCAGGUCUGGCAGAUUGUUGGGGUGCAGAUUUUGAGAGGCUUUACAGUCAGUAUGAGAACCAGGGUAAGGCUAAGAAGGUUGUCCAGGCACAACAGCUCUGGUACGAAAUCUUGACAUCCCAAGUUGAAACAUGGACACCGUACAUGCUGUUUAAGGAUUCAUGCAACAGGAAAAGCAAUCAGCAAAAUCUGGGUACCAUUAAGUCUUCCAAUUUAUGCACUGAAAUCAUCGAAUACACAAGUCCUACAGAAACUGCUGUGUGCAAUCUUGCAUCUAUUGCUCUACCCCGAUUCGUUAGGGAGAAGGAUGUCCCCUUGGACUCACAUCCAUCUAAGAUUGUAGGCAGUUUGGGCUCUAAGAAUCGUUACUUUGAUUUUGACAAACUAGCAGAGGUGACUACAACCGUUACUGUUAAUCUCAAUAAGAUAAUAGAUGUGAAUCACUAUCCUGUGGAGACAGCCAAAACUUCAAACAUGCGUCCUAGGCCUAUCGGUAUUGGUGUACAAGGCCUUGCCGAUGCAUUUAUUCUUCUGGGAAUGCCUUUUGAUUCCCCUGAGGCUCAACAACUGAACAAAGAUAUAUUUGAAACCAUUUACUACCAUGCACUCAAGUCAUCUUCAGAGAUUGCUACAAAGGAAGGUACAUAUGAGACAUACCAAGGAAGUCCUGUGAGUAAGGGUAUUCUUCAACCUGACAUGUGGAAUGUAAUACCUUCGGACCGGUGGGACUGGGGUGCUCUCAGGGAUGUGAUUUCAAAAAAUGGAAUUCGAAAUUCCCUUCUAGUAGCACCAAUGCCAACUGCUUCAACCAGCCAGAUUCUUGGGAAUAAUGAAUGUUUUGAACCUGGUGAAUCCGUAGUUGUGAACAAGCAUCUUCUUCAUGACUUGACUGACAUGGGACUCUGGUCUCCUACUCUAAAGAACAAGAUAAUAUAUGAGAAUGGUUCUGUUGUAAAUGUCCCGGAGAUUCCCGAUGACUUGAAAGCAAUUUAUAGGACUGUAUGGGAGAUAAAGCAGAGAACAGUGGUUGAUAUGGCCGUUGAUCGUGGAUGCUUUAUUGAUCAAAGCCAAAGUUUGAAUAUACACAUGGACAAACCCAACUUUGCCAAACUCACUUCCUUACACUUCCACACUUGGAAAAAGGGUUUGAAAACGGGGAUGUACUACUUGAGAUCACGUGCUGCAGCAGAUGCAAUUAAGUUUACAGUAGACACAGCAAUGCUAAAGGAGAAGCCUGACGUGACCGAAGGAUCAAAAGAAGAAGACGAUGAGACGAAGAUGGCACAGAUGGUUUGCUCUUUGACAAACCGUGAAGAUUGUCUCUCUUGCGGAAGUUAA